AUGUCUAAAGCAUUUCUACCUGUUACUCGGAUCAGUAUAGCACCGAUACCAGCAGAGGAACGCCUGGAGACUCGAUGGUACCAAAUGUUCUUCGUGUGGUUCUCUUCCAAUAUGAAUAUCUUGACAUUCAGCACUGGCACUGUCGGACCUGCAUUCUUUUCCCUGGGAGUCAAUGAAUCUUUCAUCAUCAUCGUUGUUGUUGAUCUGGUGGUCUGCUUGGUACCUGCGUUCUCUGCUGUUUUUGGUCCAAAGCUUGGCACACGAUCUAUGGUACAGGCAAGGUUCUCGUGGGGGUACUUCGGUGCCAUCAUACCGGCUGUCUUGAAUGUUUUCUCUUUGGAAGGUUUCCUUAUUCUCAACUGCAUCAUUGGUGGACAAACGCUCGCAAGCCUGUCUUCCCAUCUUAAUGAUACUCUUGGUAUUGUUAUCAUUGGUAUCAUAACUCUUGUGGUCACGUUCUGUGGAUACCGCAUCAUUCAUUGGUACGAAAGUAUCGCCUGGAUCCCAAAUGUGAUUGCUUUUAUCGCCAUACUGGGUGUCGGUUAUCCCCAACUACGCGACAACCAAUCAGCUCCUGUCUCUGAAGUGAAUAUCGCUGCGGUUCUUUCUUUUUCGUCUGUCCUCGUGGCUAGUAUUCUCAGCUGGUGUACCAUGACCGCCGACUAUGGUAUAUACCACAGCCCUGCUGCUUCCUCUGCAAGAAUUUUUCUCUACACAUAUCUCGCGUUUUUAAUUCCUAGUGUGACCGCCCACACUCUUGGUGCCGCGUUCGCCGCCGCAGCUCCCAAUGUGCCUGCUUGGAAUGAAGGAUUUAACAACAGUUCUUCCAUCGGUGGCUUGUUAUACAGCGUGCUGCUACCUACAGGUGCAUUUGGAAAACUUCUGACCGCUCUGGUGGCUCUCAGUAUACCCAGCGCUUGUGCGCCAACCAUGUAUUCGUUCAGCACCAGUUUCAUGGCUAUCGCUCCGUGGUUUGCUGCAGUGCCUAGAUGGGUAUAUAUUUUCGUCUCUGAAGGAGUUCUGAUACCCGUAGCCAUUGUUGGCGCCGAAAAGUUUUAUACCACUUUUGUUGACAUCCUGAAUGUCAUCGGAUACUGGUCGUCGGUAUUCUCUGCGAUUAUUAUUACCGAACAUGUCCUAUUUCGGCGUGCCUCGUUUUCUGAGGAUGAAUAUCCUAUCGCGACUUGGGCUUCGCGUACUCUUUUGCCUAGCAGUAUUCCCGCAGUUGUGGCUUUCGUGUGCGGCUGUGGAGCCCUUGUUCCAUUCAUGUCGCAGGCUUGGUAUGUUGGACCAGUGGCGAAGCGUGGGAGUGGAGACGUUGGGAUGUACGUAGGGUUCGUGGUGGGAGCUAUCACAUAUGCAUUGGCAAGGGGUUUCGAGAAAUUGUGGUACAAGAAGAUGACUAGAUCAGAUGUGUAG